CCAUGCAUGGGGAGAACCACAGACUCGUCUUUGCCACCGCAGAGGUCACCGGGUGGAGGCCGUCCAUGGAGGACUCGCUCCUCUGCGCACUCAACUUUCCGGAUCCAGACCCGGAGGGCUUGGCGGGGCGGACGGGUGGAGGUCAUGCGGAUAACGAUGAUACUAGCAGUGGUAGUGGUGGUGGUGGUGGUGGUGGUGGCGAGGGGGAGGCGGGUGGAGAGGAUGCGCAACGUGCUGGUGUCGACGACGACCGUGCUCCCGGUGGCGAGGGGCGGGCGGGUGGAGAGGACGAGUGCGCUGCUGCUGUAGGUGCUGCUACCACACAUGGCAGUCAAGAUCGUAUGCCCGCCACACCUGGAACUUUGUCUGGCGCAGGUGUGGGGAGCAGCCCCGGCAUCCGCAGUGUCCAGACGCAAUCGUCAACAGCGGUCUCCACGCCGCUCGCGCAGACACGCUCGUCGUCGGGGGCGGCCCCGACCACUCCGAUCCUACCGUCGUCGAGGGCCAAGACGCCGAUGGCCUCACCGAUGCGCAACGACAUGGUGUGCGAAGAAGUGGUGCCGGCCUCUGAGACCGCGCUGUUUGGCGUGUUUGACGGCCACGGCGGCUCCAAGGCCUCCCUGUUUUGCGCGCAGCGGCUGCCUCAUCUGCUUGCGGCGUCCGAGCCGUACCGCGCUGGCAGCAUCGACGCGGCGCUCACCGAGGUCUUUGUCGAGCUCGACGCGGCGCUCAACCGCGACCCGCGCUCGUCGUUUAUGAAGGAGGGUACGACUGCGCUUGUCGCAGCCUGCAUCGGCUCGCAGCUGGUUGUGGCCAACGCCGGCGACUCGCGCGCGGUGCUUGUGGCAGCCUCAGGCGAGGCCACCAUCCUCACCCAAGACCACCAUCCGCAAUUACCCGGUGAGCGGGCCCGGAUCGAGGCCUUUGGCUCGCGAGUAGUUGCCGACCCUCGCUCGGGCACCGCCCGGGUCGACGGAGUGCUUGCGGUUUCGCGCGCCCUGGGAGACUUUAUGUUCAAGGACUACGACCGCGACGAGCCCGGCCCGCCAUCAGCGUGUGCCGUGACGGCCGAGCCCGACGUUGUGGCCUGUUCGCUGAUGCCCGGCGAGCACGUGGCGCUCAUUCUUGCCUGCGACGGAGUGUGGGAUGUGCUGACGGCUGCUGAAGCCGCUGGCAUUGUCAGGCCCAUGCUCGACGCCGACGCGUCGCCGUCUGGCGCAGCCGCCGCUGCCGCCGCCCUGGUCAUGGCCGCCUGCCCAGAGGCCGACGCGGCUGUCAGAGCGCUGCCCAACCGCGGGACCGACAACAUGUCGGUCAUCAUUGUCGCCUUCAAGGCCGAGCCUGGCGCCCGGACGGCUUCGUAUCCGGUCCACCCACACGGAGUGUACUCGCCGUCGGCGGCGCGGUUUGGCCAUGGCGACGGCACGACGUUCAUCGCCGACGAGCGCUCGUCGUCGGUGUCGUCCACAGCCGCCGAGGUUUUGCCGCGCUCGGCGUCACGCACUCCGGUCACGCCGCGACAGGACGAGCUGCCGUCGUCAUCGCCGACCGUCGACGUGGCGCCGGCCACCCCGAUCGCGCUCAACAACGGCGAGCCGUCGCCUACCGCGUCGAUUGCCGUCCACGCCUUUGCUGCACACCCUCCGCCGUCCCUCUCGGAUCUGCAGUCUUCAAAGCGCAAGCUCGACGACAUGCUCGCUGCACAUGAGUCUGGCUCGGCCGUUCCGACCAGCGAGACCUCACAGGCCUCGAUCAGCACCGCGUCCGAAGACGAGGUCGUCGACCGAUUUGCCAGCCCAACCAAGCGCCCGCGCGGACUGUGAAACGCAUUCAAUCAAAGGACCUGCUCGGCAGAAUCUCUCCGCUUCAGCCGACGGACCCGCUUGCGCCGUCGGCGCGACGGAGAGACCGACGCCGACCCGCUGGCACUGGUGGACUUGCUC